GGCUGCGGAUAAAGGAGACCAAGGAGGUUUAUGAAGGUGAAGUCACAGAGCUGACUCCAUGUGAGACAGAGAACCCCAUGGGAGGGUACGGCAAAACCAUUAGCCAUGUGAUCAUAGGACUUAAAACGGCCAAAGGAACCAAACAGUUGAAACUGGACCCCAGCAUUUUUGAAAGUUUGCAGAAAGAGCGAGUAGAGGCUGGAGAUGUGAUCUACAUUGAAGCCAACAGUGGGGCCGUGAAGAGGCAGGGCAGGUGUGAUACCUACGCCACAGAAUUCGACCUUGAAGCUGAAGAGUAUGUCCCCUUGCCAAAGGGGGAUGUGCACAAGAAGAAAGAAAUCAUCCAGGAUGUGACCUUGCACGACUUGGAUGUGGCCAACGCACGGCCCCAGGGGGGACAAGACAUCCUGUCUAUGAUGGGCCAGUUAAUGAAACCGAAGAAGACAGAAAUCACAGACAAACUUCGAGGGGAGAUUAACAAGGUAGUGAAUAAGUACAUUGAUCAGGGCAUUGCUGAGCUGGUUCCAGGCGUGCUCUUUGUUGAUGAAGUCCACAUGCUGGACAUCGAGUGCUUCACCUACCUGCACCGGGCCUUGGAAUCUUCUAUCGCCCCCAUCGUCAUCUUUGCAUCCAACCGAGGCAACUGUGUCAUCAGGGGUACUGAAGACAUCACCUCUCCUCAUGGCAUCCCUCUUGACCUUCUGGACCGCGUGAUGAUCAUCCGGACCAUGCUGUAUACCCCACAGGAAAUGAAACAGAUCAUUAAAAUCCGAGCCCAGACAGAAGGAAUCAACAUCAGUGAGGAGGCGCUGAACCACCUGGGGGAGAUCGGUACCAAGACAACUCUGAGGUACUCGGUGCAGCUGCUGACCCCAGCCAACUUGCUGGCUAAGAUCAAUGGGAAGGACAGUAUCGAGAAAGAGCACGUCGAGGAAAUCAGUGAGCUCUUCUACGAUGCCAAGUCCUCGGCCAAAAUCCUGGCUGACCAGCAGGAUAAGUACAUGAAGUGAAGACAGCUGAGGUGUUCCGGAGAGACUCCGGGCGUGCCUGGCUGGGUGCCGCCUGCGAGCAGGAGGCUCCCCCUGCGCUUUGGGCUCUGUCCCCUCCGGCCACGGCGGUCAGCACCAGCUCAGUGUGGAAAGUGUUGCUUUUUAAAUUACCGUAACUUCUCCUGCGGUUGCUUUGAAGGAACCCUGCCUCACCUGGCAUGUUUUCUAAUAAAUCCUUGUAGGUUAUUUUGAUGACCUGUCUCUCUCUCUUGAUUUUUUUAAAAAUAAAUUUU